GGGAGUCGCGGUGGUUACGGAUGUUUCCCCCGAGCGGAGAAUGAACGAGGCAGGCGAUCAGGAGGCGGCCGCGGUGCCGCGGAAGCACCGACUCAUGUCCGCGGUCCACGGAGGCGCGUCUCCGGGGGGUCUGACGUGCCGACCGGGUCGCGUGCUGAACGGAGUCGUGUUGGUGCACUGUUUCGUGUGCGGCAGCGGCGUGACGCCGGGCAAGGAGCUGCAGCUGCAGGUCAAACACCGGCACGGGAGCGCACCGUUCUUCCCGUUCCUGCACGGCCAGGAGCCCGCGCCGGGAGCCGCUGAGGUCGGAGCCGACGGUCACGCGCUCGUGUGCGCGGUGUGCCACUGCUUCCUGCGCGAGCAGUGGAACGCGUUCGAGCGCAGCCGCACGCCGCUCGACAAGCGCGUGUACUGGCUCAAGAGGCCGCACCAGUGCGACGCCAGGCGCGCGCCGCGCGACUGGAACGCGACCCGUGACGCGGACGCGCGACCCUCUGCGAGCGGUCAGGACGGUGACGGCGACGAGUCGGACUUUUCGUCGUUCUCGGACAACGAGCACGCGUCGGACCAAGACUCGGACAUGGGAGAAAGGAUAGGAGGAGGAAUACAAAUAGGAGAGGAGAAAGAGAAGUGCCUCAAAUUCCACCCGAGAGCGUGCAAGGACGCCCGGGACGCCGAGAAGCUCGAGAGCGCGAGGAUGAAUCACGUGGCCCUCUCACGUCUCCACGGGAACCUGGCACGGCCAGAGAGCCCUUCUGCUGACACACCCACCCAGGACAUGCAGGACAGACGGAGUGGCUGGAACUCCAGGCUGCAGCAGUUGCUCUUCGGGCCUGGUGAGGAUUUCAGAUCACAUGAACAUGCCAAAGAAGCAGGUCUUAACCAGCUGUGUGACUCGGAUGCAUCUGAUGGCAAUGAGAUCAAUGUAACAAGUGAUGAAGAUCAUGAGGAUGUGAGGAAGGUUAUGGACAGACACGUGUGCUACAUCUGCAGUAGCAGACUUCUACCGAACAUCCGCUUUGAAGUGUGUGUGCAAAAGCAGGAGAGAGCAACCUCUGAGCCGUUCUUCCCCUUCCUGUGGUUGCACACACCUCCACCGGACGCUUUGCCAAUAAGCCCAGGAGGCCGCACGUUGGUAUGUGCCAGCUGCCAUGCGUCACUCAUGCAGCAGUGGCAGAGCUUUGAGCUGGCCGACGUACCUGUCCUACAACGUCUUUAUGUGGUGCCAGUUAACGUAGAUGGCACAACGUCACCCAACAUGGAUGGCAUCAAAAUUCGUCCUAUUUCUUCUGUACACCCUCACAGGAACGCCUGCUAUUUAUGCGGACAGGAUUGUGCCCAAGAUAUCAGGGUGGCAUACUCACGUGCUGGGGUAGGAAAAGCCCGUGGUGCCAUGUACUUUCCGUUUAUCAACCUGCUCCCAUGCCCACCAAAUGCCCAAAACAUGCGAGAUGGCCAGGUACAUUGCUGUUCCACCUGCUACACCAUCUUAGAAGACAUCUGGGCAGCGUAUCGUCUGUGCCUCAGCGAGGAGCUUAUUACGUCUGUCAGCACUUUCCUUGGGAGAUACCACCACACUACUACUACUUCAGGAGGAGUCUCGAGCAGCCUCGUCAGGACGCAUGAGAGCAUUCCGGCUUCCCUUCACCACACCUCGGUUUGUUACCUGUGUGGCACGGAGCUCUCUGGAGGUACUGAGCACCAGCUGCAUGUGAAUCCUCCUGGACGAUGUGGAGAGAAAGAGCCCUUCUUUCCUUUUCUCACGGUGCAUACGCCGGCCCCUCGCUCCCGUCCUGCAGAUGCCACCGGCUUGGUGGCUGCUUGUUCGCUUUGCUAUCACGAUCUUCUGGCUCAGUGGGCGCAGCACGAGGCUGCAGGAUCAGGGCCAUCCAGCAGCCCCUGGUCACGUCAGUACAGCUGCGAAUCAUUUGUCUGCUUUUUCUGCAGGCAGGAGAAAAGAAGGGCCCUGGGGUUGAGGGCGGUCAACGUCGCUCGGCUGCCCGUCUUCCUCUACGCCCCACGCGUUCGCCACACUCUUGUGGUGGAUGAUGGGAAACAACUUACAAUUGGCUCAUGUGUGGAAUGUAAAUCCAUGGUCUUGGCUGGACAGAACAUGCACCAGGAUGGCAAUCUGGACCAUGGAAGACCAGCAGGGACUAAACAGAAGCAGAGCUCCACAGCAGAAGAACCAGCCGGAAGCAGUAAAGAGGAUGCUCGUCACCCGGCUACACCCCUGAGAGAAGUCUCCAAGCAUGUCGGUGCUCUGUCCAGGGAUUCUGGGAUCAACAUCACAAGUUCUCGCCUAUCGAGCGACGACCGAGAUCGAUCACCUUCCAGCAUGAGCCAUGAGCCAAAGUCGCCCUCACUAGGCAUGAUCUCCACGGCGACGCGCACCACGGCGACGGUCAGCCCGCUCACGCCGUCACCCCUCAACGGCUCCAUCGUGGCCAAUGGCAGCCCGGCCGCUCAGUCUGCUCACUCCGGAUUCGCCGCCGCGCUACGCAAGCUGGCGAAGCAAGCCGAGGAACCUCGAGCAGGUUCCUCCAUCAGCAGCGAGUCGUCCCCUGUUUCAUCUCCAGCCACAAACCAGAGCUCUCCAGUGAGCACGCCCAAGCGCGGUCCCCUCGGACCGGUCAUUGUGCCCCCUGGAGGCCACAGUGUGCCCAGCACCCCACCGGUAGUCACAAUCGCCCCAACCAAAACGGUGAACAACCUGUGGAGGAGCGAGAGCCGCCCGGUACGAGAGUCAGAGUCGGGCCCCCAUGGUGUCAGUCGAGACCGUUUGGCCCCUGAGGCUCAGGAAAAGGGCGGCCCCUCGGUUCCACCCCACCUCAUAGGAAAUCCGUAUGCAUUUGGCCUGACGUCCGGAUCCAUCAUGCAGGAUUCACGUUUUCAGCCAAUGAACAGCCUGCCAAGGCAGAUGCCCCAUGGCAUGCCCCCUGCCGGAGUACCAGAGGAGUACUUGCGCGGUUUCCGCCCUUACCCCACGGCCGAGGACCUUCGCAUGCCCUCGCUGCCCUUGGGCCUGGACCCGGCAACUGCUGCCGCUGCUGCCGCUAACUAUUACCACCCCAGCUACCUGGUCCACCCCUCGUUCUCCCAUUACAGGAUGGAUGAUCCUUUCUUGUCGGCCCUGAGGUCUCCAUUUUAUCCUUUAACUGCAGGGGGCGCUUUGCCCCCAAUGCACCCGUCUGCUGUGCCCAUGCACCUCCCAGGGGUGCGUUACCCAGGUGACCUCAGCCAUCCCUCGCUGUCCAGUCUGCAGUCGGAGAGGCUCCAGAUGGAGGAUGAGCUUCGCCAGAGAGAGCGCGAGCGAGAGAGAGAGCGUGAGCGGGAGAAGGAGCGCGAGCGUGAGGCGGAGCGGGAGAAAGAGCGCGAAAGAGAGAGGGAGCGAGAAAGAGAGAGAGAAAAGGAGCUGGAGAGAGAACGGGAGAGGGAGAGGGAGAGAGAAAGGGAGCGCGAGAGGGAGAAAGAACGAGAGCGAGAGAGGGAACGAGAGAGAGAGAUGGAGAGACAGAAGGAGAGAGCGGCACGAGAGAAGGAGCUACAGGUGUCCAAGGCCAUGGAAGGUCACUACCUGGCAGAGCUCCACGCUCUCAGAGGUCAGGCCGAGGAACGAGUCAAGGCUGCCGAGAGACUCACUCCUAACAGAGCAGAUAAAACCAAAGAGCCCAUUCUUCCUGCUCCUAAGCCCAUCCAGGCAGGCCUUCACCCUUCAUUAAGCUCCACCCACCACCCGGUGCCCACCCUGCUCUCUGCACAUGGCAUUUACCUCAGACCAGGAGGGACGGGACCCGGAGUUUUGACGCCUGCCAUGAUCCUGCAGCAAAAUAACGAGGAGGAAAGGUGGAUGGCUCGGCAGCGGAAACUACGGCAAGAGAAAGAGGACAGACAGUACCAAGUGUCAGAGUUUCGCCAACAGGUCCUGGAGAAACAUCUAGACAUCGGUCGGCCAGGAGAUGCGCCCGAGCUACGGAACGAGGGGCCGAGGCCCAUGCCAAACCAUCACGAGCCCGCUAGCAGAGAGCGCGAACGAGAACGGGACAUGCACCCCCACCUCGGUGCUCCUCCACCUCUGAUCUCCCCCAAACCCCAGCCCAGAGACCAAACCCCUGCUCCACACACCAACCUCUGGAACCCCGCCUCGCUCAUAGAGACCACCUCGGAGUCACGGCGGAGUCACCAUGAGCCACAUUCAGGUCCCUAUGACAUCAGCCGUCUUGCUCCACCCUCGACCAAAACCGAGCGCCACUUUGGCUCGGAAAAGCCCAAAGACGGACACGAGAAGUUCCCGCUUAUUCGGCCGACAGGGUUCUCCGAGCCCCGCCCUUUCCUGGCCGAGCUGGAAAAAUCCACACAGUCCUUUUUGAACCAGCAGAGGGCGGCGCUGAGUCUAAGCACGCAAUACGGGGAGCUGAGCGGUACUCUGAAGAGCAGUACGGCCCAUAAGGGCCUACAGGGACCACCGGUGAGGCCAGGAAGUGAUAGUGUGCUGGUUUACGAUGAAUACCUGCAGCUACAUCGACGGCCGUUUAGCAAACUGGACCUUGAGGAGAGGAGGCGGAGGGAAGCAAGAGAGAAAGGGUACUACUACGAACUGGACGACUCGUACGAUGAGAGCGAUGAAGAGGAGGUGAGAGCUCAUCUCCGCAGAGUGUCCGAGCAGCCGCCACUCAAACUGGACGACUCCACUGAGAAGUUGGAGUUCCUGCAGCAGUUCGGUUUGACCACCAUGUCUCGGCGAGGAGAACUGCUGGAGAAGAAGAGGAGGAAGAGAAGAAGGAUGCUUCGGGAACUAAGCCCCUCGCCUCCGGCUGUGGCCAGCAAGCGCCUGGCACCUCCACUUAGCACCCGCUUUACUCCUGAGGAGAUGGACAGCAGCCCGGAGCUGGAGGCCAAAAAGCGAUUCCUUACCAUGUUCAGCCUCAAUCACCUGAGCACGCAGCAGAGGAAAGAGAAUGAAAAAGUGGUGGAGCUGCUACAUGCCAUCAAACAGAAGAGUGUGACCCUGGACAAUAUCAGGCAUAAUUAUUUACCACUGUGUAAGAGCCCGCUGCUCCAUUCGUCUGAUUCUUCCUCAUCCCAGUCUCCAGGGCAGCCAGUCGAGUUAGUCAGCGUCAGACUCCCGAGUCCUCCACCUCCAUCCAGUGGACCCCCAGCAGAUCCUUCCUCGGCUCCACCUCCCGAGCACCUCAGACCAGUUUCUGAACCGCUCAGACCGAAGGACGCUCCACUCUCUCUGCAAUACGCAGAGAAAAACCGAGGCAGCGACAUAAUCCUCAGCAAAAAGCCCUCCAGCCUGCUGAACAGCAUCCGUCCUCCAGCGCCCCCUAAAGACGGUGCAGGCAGCCUGAACGGCCGGACCAAACCAUGGGAGAACUUCACAGCCGAGGAGUUUGCUCAGCAGUUCCACGAGUCGGUGCUGCAGUCCACUCAGAAAGCACUGCAGAAGCACAAAGGUGGCGCUUCGGCCAUCUCCGAGCCCAACCACACCAUGGACUCCACGGUGCACUACAACAUCCCGGAGCUGCAGAGUGGCGCUGGGCGCAGCACACACCCUCACACACACUCUGUUCUCCAGCCCAAUGGCCUGCACUGCUCUUCUGCGGCCCGGCGAGACGCCCUGCCACGCCCCGAACUCUCCACCGAGGAAGACUCAGACGAAGGGGAUGAGGAGGAGGAGGAAGAAGAAGAGGCUCAGGGACACAGGUGGAAGGGGAUCGAGUCGAUUUUUGAAGCAUAUCAGGAAUAUGUUGAAGAGCAAAAUAUCGAGCGUGAGGUGCUGCUCAGUCAGUGCAGGAAGCUGGAAGCCCAACACUACAACCUCAGCCUGACUGCUGAACAGGUCUCUCACUCCAUGGGGGAGUUGAUGGCUCAGAAGCAGAAGCUGGCGUCCGAGAGGGAGAAGCUGCAGGCCGAGCUGGAGCACUUCCGGAAGUGUCUGAGCGUCCCACAUGCAUCCUGGAGCAGGGCUCACUUCAAAGGAUAUCCUCCCAGGUGACAUCACCCAGAAUCACCCAAGCUUCACCCCCCCCCUCUUUUUUAACUCCCGGACUCCGACACCCUCUGAUCCUAUCGUGAGAGAACAUGAGGGUGGAGAGAUGGUGCACUUUGAGCACACUGCGACAAGAACAACAAACAUAACGUGCCAUGGAGGUGAAGGUGCCACGCCCACUAUCAAACAACACGCCCAGAUCUCACAGAAACACUCGGUCCAUCUCAUACACACAGGUACAGAGAUCCACGUCUUCACAGGCCGGAUCGUGACUCCCCAAACCCGUAUGUAUAUCGUCAUGGCAACUGCACCAUCUCUCCUGGAGAUCUGAGGAGCUUUUAACUGGAAAUGCACUUAAAAGACAAACCAGAAGAACUACCUGGAGGUACUGUGUUAUAACAAGGAACUCCUUUCAAAAGUAAAGAAGAACUUCACAAAUAAAAUGCACAUUUUUUUGUUGGGGGAGGGGAGCGGGUAAAAAAAAAAAUGUAAAAAUGUUAAGGAAAGAUUUAUUCGAAGAAAAAAUACAUUUUAAAAGAGGUGCUUCAGGACCUUGUACUGUAAAUAUCGAAAAAUGGAAAGAAAUUUUUGUAUGUUUUUAUUACUUGCGUUAAUUGUUCUUUGAAGAAGAAAAAGAAGAAGAAAAAAAAAAAAGCCUGUCGUUUUUAAGAAAAGAAAAAAAAAAUGCACAUGCUUUUUAGGGCGUUCAGCCGGAGCCUCGCUUAUAGUGUUUGUAUUGCUGCUGGUCAGGAUUAAGGGCGGAGGAGAAACUCAGUGCACACCUCCACUGUGUGUGUGUGUGUGCGUGUGUGUGUGUGCGUGCAGCCUACCACAGUAGCAUCCGUCCGUAAAGGCAGCACCAAGAAGAGCAGAACAUCACCACUCUCCCACUCCCUGCACUCUGGACUACUACCACAGGCUCAUUACAAUAUUUGAUAUAUUUUUUAAUUAGGGUUAAAAACAGCACGCGUUCUCCGCCUUCCAGUCCCUUUUAUUGUGUUGAGACUUUGAAUCGGUGCCAAAGGUACCCACAGAACCACAAAUCCGUAUCCUGCCUUUACUAACAGAGCUGACGGCCAAAAAAGACGAUUUUAUAUCAGUGUCAAAUGUUGCUGAAUUUCGCUCUAAUAGCAUUGGCAUGAAAUAUAAUCAUAAUUAUAAUAUAAUUUCAUAUUAAAUCACACCUGUGUGUGUGUGUGUGUGUGUGUGUGUGUGUGUAUUCUUGGGUUGAAAUAAAGGAAAACACACACCUUAAAGCUAUCAGAAAUAGUUUCGAAUUCGCCUUUUCAGACGAGCCGCUACCAAUAAUCCAAGAUUUGAAGUAUUAAUAGGUUUUGUAGACAUUAGAGACCGCACUAAGAUAACCAUAAAAUAUCUCCUCAUCCUUAUUCAUUAUUAAUAAUGAACACUUAUGAAUAUGCAGGUUAUGCUAAAUUGGACAGGCCCUCAAACAUCCUCCCACGUUCCUAAAUAUCUAAAUGAUUCAUGUAAAAAAAAUAUAUAAACAAUAUCACAUCCUCGUAUAUUGACCGUGAUUGGUGCAAAGCAAUAGGUCUAAUAAAGUUACAUCACAAACGUAGCCCCGCCCCCCAAAAAACCAACCAGCUCACACCUAAACGUUCAUAUCAGGCUCAUCAACAUUAUUAGCGUUCAGGCUCAAAGGACGGCCCGCUUCUGGAGGCGGAUCCAUAUUUACAAACCCGAAGCCGGCCCUAGCAAGCAUCCAUCAUGUGUAAGUCCGUGUGUGUGUGUGUGUGUGUGUGUGUGUGUGCAUGAGUGAGCACUACCACUGCCUGUCCAGGAGCAGGGACACGACCGUUCUCUUUGUCUCUAGCCGUCUCUCACCCAUCUAGCGCACGCACACGCAGUAGCUGCCACCCCACCCGGCCCCAUCCUGCCCCUGACACGCCCCACCCUGCCCUGCCUCUCAAACCCAAUGGAGGAUGUCUAGAUGCUGUGAAAUCAUGUUUUUAAAGAAAAAAAAAAUGUACUUGUUUAAAUUCAAUGUAAUGUAAUAUAUUAUUUGUUGAAUGUAGUAAUUAGGUAUUUAUGAAUAUAUUGCUGUAAUUUCAGACAAAAAAAUAAAAUGCUUCAGAACUGAA